CGAAGCACAGUCAAAAGCUGCUCUUCAAGUAGUCUCCAACAAUAUGUGGAAAUUAAGUAGAACUUUUCUAUCACAACGAACUCAUACCUUUCAAAAAAAUAAUGUCCGUUUCAAUUCGAAGGAAGUGGAAAUUCCCUCCUCAGCAGAUGUAGUUCUUAUUGGUGGUGGAUCGGCUGGAUGUCAUACUCUCUAUCAUUUGGCUAAACGCGGAGUGAAAGCAGUUCUCCUGGAACGUGCCAAACUCACAGCUGGAACCACCUGGCAUACUGCCGGUUUGGUAUGGAGACUUCGUCCCAACGAUGUCGAUAUACAAUUGCUGGCUAAUUCUCGGAAUAUGUUAAUGGGUCUGGAAGAAGAAACUGGACUGGAUCCUGGAUGGAUACAGAAUGGUGGGAUAUUUAUUGCUCAUUCAAAUAAUCGUUUGGAUGAGUACAGACGGCUGUCGUCAGUUGGAAAUUCACUUGGAAUCGAGAACUAUAUGCUGUCACCGGAGGAAACGCAAAAGCUGUUCCCACUCCUUGAUCCAACAGCCUUCACUGGUGCACUUUACUCGCCUGGGGAUGGUGUAGUUGACCCAGCGAUGUUGUGCGCAGCUCUCACUAAAUCGGCUUCAAAGAAUGGGGCCAAAGUGAUUGAAGGUUGUCCUGUCGAUGAAUUGCUUGUUGAAAAUACUGGGAGUGGAAAGAAAAUAGUUGGUGUGAAGACACCAUUUGGAAAUAUCAAGACAGACACGGUUGUAAAUGCAACUGGAGUUUGGGGCAAGGAUUUAGUUCAACCACAUGGCUCCAUGCUUCCGUUGCUGCCCAUGAAACACGCUUACAUUGUUUCGGAGUCAGUACCUGGAGCUCGUGGUCUUCCGAACAUCCGAGACCAUGAUUAUUCGACAUAUUUCCGGAUACAGGGUGAUGCCCUGUGCAUGGGUGGCUACGAACCAAAUCCUGUGCUCUUGGAUCCCGUUGCAAAAGACUUCAAUUUUGGACUGUAUGACUUGGAUUGGAGUCUCUUUGAGACACAUCUCCGUGGUGCAGUUAAGCUUUGUCCCUCAUAUGCGAAUUUCGGAGUAAAGAGCACAAUUUGUGGACCAGAAUCAUUUACUCCCGACCACAAACCCCUAAUGGGCCCGGACAAUCACGUCACUGGACUGUAUCAUAACUGUGGUUUCAACUCAGCCGGUAUGAUGUUUGGAGGAGGAUGCGGAGAGCAAACAGCCCUAUGGAUUAUCAACGGACAGCCAGACUUGCCAAUGUUCAGUUUUGACCUGAGACGAUUUACUGACUCCCAAAAUCGUCACAUUCAAUGGACAAAGGAGAAGUCUCACGAAAGUUAUGCAAAGAACUACAGCAUGGUAUUCAAACACGACCAACCUCUUGCCGGGAGAAACUUCCAAACCGAUCCUUUGCAUAGUGACAUGUUGUCGCAUGGCGCUUUUAUGGAGGAAAAACAGGGCUGGGAACGACCUGGAUUCUUUUUACCCAAAGGCAGAGCCGAUGUACUUGCGUACGAUUGGUAUGGAAGCUAUGGCAAUAAAAAGAAUGAAGAUUAUGCUUACGAAAAAGUCCUCGAGGGUGAUUUGAAGUAUGGUAGUUUUUCGGAUCACCAUAAAUUGAUUGGAGAUGAAGCACUUGCUUGUCGUAACAAUGCGGCUGUGUUCAAUAUGAGCUAUUUUUGUAAACUAUAUUUGGAAGGUCCACAGGCGAAGGAAGCUGCCGAUUGGAUAUUCACGGCCAAUACUAAUCGAGAUGUUAAGAAAACUAUCUACACAUGCGCCCUAAACCAUCGAGGAGGUGUUGAAUCUGAUGUAACAAUAUCUCGCCUUGAGUCGGGAACUGGUGAAGUUCACAACCCUAAAUUUGAUGGUCAAGGAUACUAUAUCGUUGCCGGAGGUGCUUCGGCGUUCUACACUUUCAAGUCCAUCGAAUCGGAAUUACGUUCUCGCAAGCUCAACGCCACAGUACGCAAUGUAACCGAUGACAUGGGGAUUGUAUCGAUUCAAGGACCCAAAAGUCGGGAAAUACUUCAAAAAAUUACCGAAUGUGAUUUAUCCGAUAGUGAAAUACCACCCAACAGUACAUUACUGACAAAAGUUCGAGGUUUAAAUGGAAAGGAUUUGCACAAUGUUCGAGUGUUGCGGGUCAGUUUUGUUGGAGAACUUGGGUACGAAUUGCACAUACCUAAGGAAUACUGUUCGAAGGUUUAUAGAUCCUUGAUGAAAGCUGGGGAACCCUAUGACUUAAAAAACGCCGGUUAUCGCGCCCUCUAUUCGUUAAGUAGUGAGAAGGGUUACCACUUGUGGAGUUUCGACUUGCGGCCGGAUGAUACACCAAUCGAAGCAAAUCUAGGAUUCACAUGUCGUCGCAAUGGAGAUUAUAAGGGAAAACAAGCUAUAGACGAACAAAGACUGAAUGGUGUGACCAGAAAAAUGGCAUACUUCACGUUAAAAGACCAAGUUCCUAUUUGGGGAUUGGAAGGGGUUUAUCGUAACGGGGAGCCUGUUGGAUUCCUUCGGCGAGCAGAGUAUGCGUAUAAUCUUAAGAAGUCGUUAGGACAAGCUUACGUAACCCGCAAGGAUGGAGGUGUGGUGGAUGAAAAGUACAUUACAUCAGGAAAAUAUCAAAUCGAUGUUCUGGGAAAAAUGUACGAUGCCGAGUGUCACCUUCAUAGUCCUUUUGAUCCACAGGGUAAACGAAUUUUAGGAAUCUAUGAAUAAAAUUAAAUUUUAUAGCAUCAGUACAA